AUGAUCGGUCUUCUGAAGGCAGGUGGCUUCAACCUACGGCAAUGUGCCUCCAAUUCUCCACAAGUACUCCAAGGCCUACCAGAAUCUACUGUCAAUCUCCAGCUGCUAGGAGGAGAUGAUUCCACUCUCAAAACUCUCGGAAUCCAUUGGGAUUCACUGAAAGACAGUAUUGUGUAUACUGUUAACCCCAUCGCCACAAGAGACAUUAUCACCAUGAGGACCAUAGCAUCAGACGUAGCCCGAAUCUUUGAUCCUCUUGGACUCUUGAAUCCAGUAGUAACUCACGCUAAAAUCAUUCAGCAAGAACUGUGGAGGCUCAAGUUGAAUUGGGAUGACUCCACACCAGCAGAAAUUCAUACAAGAUGGAAUGAAUUUGCCUCACAACUUCCUCUUCUCAAUGAAAUGCAGUUCCAACGUCAAGUCACAACAAAUCUCCAACAACUAGAAGUGCACGGUUUCUGUGAUGCCAGCCAGAAUGCCUACGGAGCCUGUCUAUACCUCAGAUCAGUAGAAGACAAUGGAAAGGUCCAGGUCAAUCUCUACUGUGCCAAAUCCAGAAUCACACCUCUCAAGGGCACACACACGAUUCCUCGCUUAGAACUGUGUGCUAUGGAACUGCUCUCCAAUCUGUAUGAUACAGUAAAAAGGUCUACAAGCAUCACACCUCAACGAGAAAUUUUCUGGUCUGAUUCCACGGUCGCUCUUCAUUGGAUCAAAACUUCUCCUCAUCUUCUCCAACGAUUCGUAGCCAACAGAGUGGCUCGAAUUCAAGAAAUCACUAAGAAUGUAGACUGGAGGCAUGUACGCACACACGAUAACCCUGCAGACGCUGUAUCUAGAGGUCAACUGGCCUCUGAAUUUCUCAAGAAUCACCUCUGGCUACAUGGACCCCAGUGGCUUCAACUACCUGAAGAGCAUUGGCCUCAUCUCAUCAUUGAAAAACCACGAGAAUUACCUGAACUCAAAAAGGCCACUUGUCUCCACGUCACUGAAACUGCCAGUAAUCCUUUCCUCCGCCAGUAUUCAUCAUUCGAAAAACUCAGAAGAAUCACAGCACGAUGCCUGAGAUGGCGCAGAAGACUCCCACACAAACACCUCACUCUUCAAGAACUUCAAAUAGCAGAAACUAGAAUUCUCCAGUUAAUUCAACAAGAAACCUUCUCUACAGAACUAUCACUACUCCAACAAGGGAAACCUCUUCCUCCUAAGAAUCGCCUGAAGAACCUCAGCCUAAAACUUGAUGAGAAUGGACUCAUACGAGUUGGUGGACGACUGAGGAAGGCUC